AUGACCACCUGCCGCGCAACCGAACUUUCAUCUAUGCGACCCCGCACUACCUCAACAAAAUCUGGCGUCCGAACAUCUACUUCACAACGAGAACACGGACAUGCGCACAACCUUACAUCGUCCAACGUCAUUAUACAGGUCUACCAGGACGGCAAGGUCUGGUACAGCGUCAGGCUCACACUGACGCUCUCAUGCCCGAUGUGGCUGGCCAAGUACCCGAUGGACAACCAGACAUGUCCGCUAGAGCUACAGAGCUAUAUGCUGAGCACAGACGAGCAAUUACUCUACUGGGUCUCAGACACUCCCGUGAGAUUCGAAAACGAAGUUAACCUGCCUCAGUUCAAACUGGAGGGACUAACCACGGGUUCCGCUGUCGUAACUAACAGCAUAG